GCCAAAAGAACUUAGGUGGCCAUGAAAGUGCCAUCUAAGCAAUCAUCAGAUGAUACUGACAUACUAUACAAUAACUCUAGAGAGAUUUACUUGGUAUGGUCAGUCUCGCUUGACAGCUGCUUACCCUUUGCUCAUAUAGCUUGCGUUGGAGCGUGAUAUGGCAUAACGAUCAUUCCGCCCGAAGGAUGCGGCACGUCAUUCGUGCUUAUCGGCCAACAUCACGCACGCCUAUCUGGGAGGCCGAACUUACAGUACCUCUUUGAACAUUCUUCAAGAACUGUCCAUCAGCUAAGGUACCUCAAACGAAAGUCUCGAUAGACGCAUACCAUGCCUGGACCCAAGAGAGACGAAUCCAUCAUUAUCGUUGGCGCCGGCGUUUUUGGCCUGUCCAGUGCCCUUCAUCUUGCCCGCGCUGGCUAUACGAACAUUCAUCUAUUUGACAAACAAGACUUCCUGUCUACAAAUUAUUCUUUUGCUGCCGGCAGCGAUGGUGCAUCGGCAGAUGAGAACAAGAUCCUUCGAGCAUCCUAUGGAGGCCAAGAACUCUACCAACGCAUGGCUUUCGAAGCAAUGCGAGAAUGGGAGAGAUGGAAUUCAGACAUGACCUCUGACAAAAACCUUCCCGAAGCCUUGAAAGGUACAGAGAAACUUUGGGACAGGUGUGGCUUCUUGCGCAUCGAGGUGUCUUUCGGCCAACAUGAAGUCGAUACGCAGAACAGUUUUCCAAAGGAGAUCAAGCACACACAAUAUCGCAUCACAGACCAGCAACGGACACAAGAGGCCACCCAAUCCGGCAUUCCAGCUUCAAAGUUCGACCCUUUCAAUCGCGCAAGCCGUGGGCUGAAGACAGACGGCAUACUAGACAUGACAGCUGGCUACACUCUCGCCUCAAAAGCCUGUACCUACGCUCUCCACCUCUGUCGUCACGCUGGUGUCCACCUCCAUCUCGGUCCCUCCAUCGGCACUUUCACCUCCUUGCUCACCGCCUCCACCAAAAUAGCCGGCAUCAAGACCGCAGAUGGCAUAACCCAUCAGGCAGCAUUGGUGAUCGUAGCAACAGGAGGGUGGACACCCUCUCUUCUCCCAACCUCACAGUCCUUGCUCGAAACUACAGCAGGUACAGUUCUUACAAUAAACCUUCCCCCUUCCCGUCCGGAUCUCUGGGACAAAUACGCACCAGAAAGUUUCCCGGUAUGGUCUUGGAAUAUGGGCGGAUAUGAUGCCGCCUCCGAGAACCCCGGUGGCCUAUACGGCUUUCCACGUACACCAGAAGGAGUGAUCAAAUUCGGUUUCCGUGGCGCCAAGUGGACGAAUUAUGCCUUUCCUGCUUCUUCUAGGAACACCGAAAUCUCUUACCCGAAGACCGACAUCGAGGAAAUCCCCGAACGUGCUUUCAAUGUCGUAAAAGCCUUUUGCGCGGAAAAUAUGCCCAAUCUGCUUGACUUGGAGUUGCAACGUGGACGCUUGAUGGUUGCGAGUGGAGGUAGUGGACAUGGGUUCAAGUUCUUGCCUGUGCUAGGAAAACAUGUCGUUGAUGUUGUCGAAGGGAAGAGCACAGAGUACACGAAGAUGUUCGCUUGGAGGGAUGUGCCUAAGGGCAAGAGGAAUGGAUUAGAGGAAGGAGAGAAGGGGUGGAGGACUCUGGACAAACAGGUGUUCGUGCAAAGUAGAGAGUGGAAACUGUAAGUGAUGGAUCUGCACAAGAGUCCUAACACCAAUCCCUGACCUUGGGCUCCAUCAACAUCACACCUCGGGCGCCUUUCCAACCAUCUCUUACAAAGUACCCGUCCUCUCCGCAAUUUACUACACAAUCGACGCUGCAUUGCCUCCCCGUCCCCAGCCUCCAUCCCUCUCGUAUCCACAAGAGCUCAGUGAGGCUCGCUCGCCGACUCCUGGAACAAGGAUCUCUCCUCAUUGUCCCUUGUUGCCAAUACUACCC